UACAAAGAGAAGCCUCAAAAAGAACGUGAAUCAAAAGUUUUCAUAUUUUGAUUAUAUUAAUGGACUUCUUAAAAUAUUUUCAUGCAUAAACUUGUUUUGGAGAUAUUAGUGGAAUUACCAUUAUCUCAUUCCAUUGGACUGAUAUUUAUGAAAAUGUUCAGCAUCUGCAGAAGGAAUCUAUCUGUUGAAACUUAUCUGUAUGGACAGCUUACAGCUUGCCAUUCUUUUCUUGGAAGGUUGAUACUUUAUGGUAUUUGGUGACUGGAAUUUCCUAACAAAGUUUAAAUAUAACAAAAAUCAAAUGUAAUACAGUACAUUCUAGCUAAGUUUUUUUUUUUUAAGUUCUUGACUUUGGCUGUGAGAAUGAAGAAAACCAUAGUUAUAUCUUAAUAUGUAAUGCUGUACCAACGUAUAAACAGUAUUAAGUUGGAUCCUAAAUUUAUUGGCCUGGUUCACACAACAUGCUAAAUCAUAAUGUGGUCUGUUGUUUGGGUUUACGAUAUGUGAAGUCAGCCAAAUGUGGCUUAUUCAAUAAAUCAUAUUUAAGCAUAGAGCAAUGUGUAAACUAAACCUUAUAUUGAAUGUGCCUUUAAAGCUGAACAAUUUACUUUAGUGUGAUCUUUUAUACGAAACAAUCUGCCUGAUCAACUGUAUAAAGGAACAAGGGACUGGAAAUGGUAUUUAUGUAUGGGGUAGUACAGUACAUGGUAUAUACAGGGUAGAUGCAGUACAUAAUGAAUCCGUAAUUUACUACAGAGUCUUAUAGACUGCUUUUCUAGUGCAGCCAUGAAUCAGUUUCAGUUAAAAACCAUACAGUACAAGAAAAACUAAUGAGAAUUUCAAUAAAAGCUAGGUAAAAUCCAACCCCACUGAACGAGUAUACCUCUACCUGGUGGUGAAAAGAUAAUCUAACUACUCAUAUAUUCAGUUCAAACGUCUGUAUUAGUUCUAUGAUGAGCACUUCAUUUUGGGAUGUUUGUUCUCAGGUUGAAAUAAUGACAAAGUAAUUGUUUAUUUUGCCAAGUUUGUAACAGUUACACAUUCAUUUUAGCUUGUUUAUUGUUAGGCACCUUGAGCAUUCAAAUAGAAAGUUGGGAUGUACAUUUAGUUAUUGAAUAUGUAACUCUGUGCUUUUUGUCCUGCCCAAGUGAUUCUCUCGCAGAGUGUAAGACGUGGGGUUUCGAUUAAGUACUCGGCUAGAAUUCCAGAGAAUCAGGUUCAAGUUUACCCUCAGGCAUGAAAGUUCAAGCCCACCCUACCUUACGUGGAGGUUUGGGGACUAAAUUGGAGGAGGGAGGAUUUUAUAGGCUGCCUAUAUAAUUUCCCGUAUUUUUGAGGUCUAAUUGGGUGGGGCUGUAAGAAUUGUUAAAACCGUCGAAUUACGAGAAACAUAGCAACGGUAUUUUAUCGCCUAUUCCCUUUCUUACUAGAGCAGAUGAAAAUUGGUAGUUCCCUCAGCUCUUCCCUUUAUGCGGGAACAUCCCGCUCCCUCGGCUCUGCUACGUGCUGCUACGCGUAGCGCGGUUCUCUCCCAGCAUUGCACAGAUUGCACUUUGGGUCUUCGGAACGCCAGUUGAUGACGCUGUUAGUUUAGCGCCGCAGCGUUGGUCUCCUUAGCGACCACGGUGGCCGCUCUCUCUGCGCAAGACGGUUCCAGCAGUGGUCGUAGAAAUGACCGGCCGGCCGAGCCGAAGAGGCCCCCUGCAGAGCGCGUUGCGUCGGGGCCGAGAGCUGCGGGAACAGGUGGGAACUUUGCUUCAAGAAAGCAAGGCAGUUAAGGCUCUGGAUUCUGAAAAAAAGAAAAGCCUUAGUGAGAGAUGUUUGGAGCUGAAGAAGUCUGUGGAUGAAAAUGCCUUUGCUCUUCAGAACUUAAAGAAAUCAGAUGAGCCUGCACCAGUAGGAAAUUAUAAUCAGAGAAAAGAAGAAGAAGAAAAACAGUUGUUAAAGCUUUCUCAGCAGCUUGAAAAACUUGCUGCAAUUCUUAACCGGGAAAAUGUAACCAAAGACUCCAGCACGAAUUUGAAAAUGAAAGGCAGCCCAAAGGAACAGCAAGAAAAUGAAGAGAGAGAAAAUGAAGGAGGAGAAAGUAGACAAGAUGAUGAAGAGGAGGAAGAAGAAGAAGAGGAGCAAGAUAGCGAUGAGGAGGAGGAAGAGGAGGAAGAAGAGGAGGAUGAAAAUAAACUAGACACUUCAUUUAAUACAGAGUUUAUCGCUCUUGGUGAUUUUGCUGCACAGCAAGAAGGGGAUUUGACAUUUAAAAAAGAAGAAGUUCUUCUUAUCAUUGAGAAAAAGCCUGAUGGUUGGUGGUUGGCUAAAAACUUGAAAGGAGAGAAAGGCCUGGUGCCUAAAACCUAUCUUACGGCAAAAGACAGGGAAGUAGAAGAGCCAAGUGAAGAAGAAACGGAGGAUGACAUUGAGGUGGCAGAUGAAACAGCAGGUGGAGUCAAUAUUCUGAAAAGAACAGACUCUCACUGGAGUGCUGUCAAAAAGGCCCUCACAGAGAAUAAUACCUUAGAUGCGCUGACAACCAUGGGAGCAGUGCCUGCUGGAUUCCGACCUUCAACACUUGCACAGCUCUUGGAUGAAGGAAUUCAGUUUCGGGCAUCUACCUUCCUGCAGCCGGUGCUUACACCUUCCAAUCUUUCUUUCCAAGAUCUAAUAUGGAGCCCUGAAAAAGGCAGCAUUCAGCCAAGGCCAACUCGGAUAUCACUAGUUAUGACUUUAUGGAACUGUAAAGGAAUUCCUUUUCCUGGCAUUAGCAUACAGGUCCUCAGUAGACAUAUUCGACUCUGCCUUUUUGAUGGCAAUCGAAUUCUGAGCAACAUUCAUACUGUGAGAGCUUCAUGGCAACCAAAAAACCCCAAAACAUGGACCUUUUCUCCAAGGGUCACUGGCAUCUUACCAUGUAUUCUUGAUGGUGAUUGUUUCAUUAGAUCUAAUAAUCCAUCUCCAGACAUUGGACUAUUAUUUGAACUUGGAAUCACUUAUAAUCACAAUUCAACAGGUGAGAGAGGAGAAUUAAGCUGUGGCUGGGCAUUUCUAAAACUUUUUGAUUCAAGUGGACUUCCAAUUUCUUCCAAAACAUAUGAGCUGCUUUUGAAUGGUGGGACUCCAUAUGAAAAAAGGGUAGAAGUAGACCCAUCGAUUUCAAGGAGAGCCAACAGCAAUGUUUUUCAUCAGAUGAUAUCACUGAGGAAGCAGCCACAACUUCUAGUGAAACUGAGGUCUAUAAGUACACAAUCAAAAGGCAUAUUGAACCUAUUGCCAGAAGUAUUAAUUGGCAGCAUGUGCUAUAUGCAUCUCAUACUGUUUUAUCGUCAGAUCCUUGGUGAUGUACUCCUCAAAGACAGACCAAAUAUGCAACAUGCAGAUUUGAUCAGCAAUCCAAUUUUGGCAACUUUUCCUAAACUCAUGGAACAGCCUGAUAUUAUGGAUGCACUCAGGAGUUCUUGGGCAGAGAAAGAAAGUACACUGAAGAGAUCAGAAAAGAGAGACCGGGAAUUUCUGAAAUCGGUGUUCGUCCUGGUGUACCAUGACACUGUCUAUCCACUUCUUCAGUCUGUGUUCCUCCCAGAGUAUAAGUGGGCAGAAGAAGAAUCUGAAGGUGCUCGCUGGCGAAUAAUUGCUGAAUUCCUGAAGAAAAAUCGAGAAAGAGGGGGCAGUCUGUCUUCUCUGCUGUCACUGGAAAGCCCUCACAAAGCUUUUGAUGUCAUGGAAACUGCAUAUGACUUUUUAGGAGAGGGUAGGAAAAUUAGCCCUCUAAUAUGACAGAAGUUUGUGGCUGUGCACCUCUGCCAAUUGCCAAGCCAACAUGAAUCAGUUAAAUAGAAUUGAUAAUGUGUUCCAAAAAGUUGUAUUUUUAUCAUUUGACUAAAACUUUUACACCAAAUGUAU